AUGAAUCACAGCCUGGUUGAUCCUAAGGAGCUAAUGCUGAGGCAUCUCUUCCCUGAGGAGAAGGGACAUCUGGACAAGGGUGGCGACUACCAGGUGGAUCACUUUAGAGAUGUGGCACAGUACAGGUUGAGAUGUGGCAGAGAUAUGGCACUGCUCAGGCUGAGAUAUGGCACUGCUCACGCUGAGAUAUGGCACUGUUCAGAUAGUGAAAUGAUGGUACAAUGUUAUAAGGAUAGUGAAAUGAUGGUACAAAGGUAUAAUGAUGCUAGUGGUACAAAGAUACAGUGCUAUAAUGAAGUAUGUGGACCCAGCUUCUGGGCCAAUACCUUCCCUACGUGCGGCGGAGCCAACCAAUCACCCAUCGACAUCGUGACCUCACAGGUCAAGGGUAGUUAUCCAUGGUUGGAUUUCGGCUUCAAGAAUUACGACGUGACCCCUAACGAUGCUACUAUCACGAACAAUGGCCAUUCAGCCCAGGUCACGAUUGGACAGAACCCAGCACCCACUGUUCAAGGUGGGGAUCUGUUGGCCAAAUACACCUUCCUGCAGUUACACUUCCACUGGGGAAGUAAACAAACUAUGGGCUCUGAACACACAGUUGAUGGCAAAAGGUACGCGGCCGAGCUACACAUGGUACACUACAAGACGGAGUACGGGAGCUCGGCGACAGCUGUCAGUCACACAGACGGACUGGCUGUCUUGGCUAUCUUCCUGGAGGUUGGACCAGUCGACAAUCCUAACCUCAAAAAUUCCCAGCAGCAGAUCGCGCCCUUCCCCUUGAGAAACCUGCUACCGACCAACGUGGCCGAGUUCUACAGCUACCAGGGCUCCUUGACUACUCCGCCCUGCUCGGAGAUCGUUACCUGGACCGUCUUCAAGAACCCCAUCACCAUCUCCCUCGCUCAGCUUGAAAAGUUCUGGGAGCUGAUUGGCGAAGAUGGGGACCUGAUACUGGACAACUUCAGACCUACUCUCCCUGUGGGGAGUCGCACGUCCGUCGCAUCUCCCCUCACAGGUCCACAGAGUUGGCCCACCAACUACCCAACAUGUGGAGCCUCGGCUCAGUCACCCAUCGACAUCGUCAUAGUUAACACGGUUCUCACUUUACUACCAGCCUUCGCCUUUACCGGCUACGACGCCCUUCCUGCUAAGACGACACCGCUAAACAACGGACAUACUGCCUUGGUGUCUCUGGCGAUGGCGGCCGGUGUAGGCCAGCCUACCAUCAGUGGAGGAGGCCUACCAGGAGCCUACACCUUCACUCAGUUCCACUUCCACUGGGGCAAGAACGUCAAUGAAGGAUCCGAACACACUAUCAACGGAGCCAAGUUCCCGGGAGAGCUGCACAUGGUCCACUACAAGACGGAGUACGGCAGCCUGGCGGAGGCGGUGAGCCACGCUGACGGAGUGGCAGUGUUGGGGAUCCUGCUGGAGGUUGUCACCGCUGACAACCCCAAGCUGGCUAGCAUCAUCACCGGCCUCUCUAAAGUACACGAUGCUAAUACCAACACGACGCUGGCCACCUUCGCUCUACAAGACCUGCUACCGUCCAAUACACUGCCGUUCUUCCGGUACCAAGGCUCCCUCACCACGCCCCCCUGUAAUCAAGUAGUUACCUGGACAGUCUUCAAGAAUACUCUUCCCAUCUCAGCUGCUCAGCUGGAGGAGUUCCGGAAGUUGGAAGAAUUGGAUGGCCAACUACUGGAGGAAAAUUUCCGGCCAGUGCAACCCCUUAAUGGACGUCAGGUGUUGAUCAGCAAGAUCUGAGGGCCCUUUGUAGUGCAGUGGCCACCGGACACCACCACGACCAGCCACUACCAGCAUCACUACCACCACCACUACCACCACCACCAUCGCCAAAUCCGUCAACUGAACUGGCUCCACCACCACCCACAUCAACUACACCAUCACAAAGCACAAACGUACAAGGCUACUUUCCACCAUUCCUCCCAUUCUCUCCAAUUUUCUUUCCCUUUCCCUCCCUCCCUCCUUCCAUCCCUUCUCUCCCUCUUUCCCAUUCAAUAUACUAUUCAUUCAAGAGGCUUCAACGAAUCCAACACUAACUUCUUUAUAUCACAGACCGAAAACUAUAUCUUCAAUAUCAGUAACAUUAGUCAAAGUCUGUAACUUAAUUUAUUUGGAUGAAUUUCAUUAAUAAAGUUUAUUACUGUCGGUGCUAAUUAAUCCGAUUAUAAGACAUAAAUAAAUUCAUAUUAUUGGCAGUGUCUUCAUUACACAUCACAUUCCCCCAUAGUAAACUAUUUUGGAAAAUUGGUUCCUAUUUUUUUAUGUUGAGUUUUUAAUUAAUUUGUUGUGUGUUCAUGUAAUAUUAUUUUUAUACACUACAAACACACACACACACACCUGGUGGCAGGAAAGGCGGGGCCCGUAAGCUAAAGCCUGAUCCUACAGACAUAUAAAUAGGUGAAAACCCACACACGCGCUAACUCAACUUUUUCUAACAUAUAAAUUCUGUAAUUAAUAAUUUAAUUAAAUAAUUGAGUAAUGUAAGCCUGAUCAUUGACAUUUUCAAUACACAGUUCACAGCAUAUAUUUAUAUAACAUUUAUAUCAUAUAUUUAAUGGCUCAAUAUUGUAUCAAACACGUUCAGCAUUGUUUAUAUUAAUAGUUAUAUUAGUAUUUGGAACGACACGGUUUAGGCGAGCCUAAAUUGACGGUUAAAUGGUACAGAAUGGAAAAUAUAUCAGUUCAUAUGAGUUAGGCUACUGUUGUGGUUGGCAUCUUGUAGAAGAUAAGCCAUUGGUGCGGGGCUGUUAGUUCCCAGUGUGGGUCGUAUGGUCCUGUUAUUUCCUCUAGUAUAUGUUCCAAGAUGGAUCUAGUAUGUAUAUGUUUCAAGGUGUCUCUAGUAUGUAUAUACUCCAAAAUGUUCCUAGUGUAUGUGUAUGUAUAUUCUAAUGUAGCUUGAGUGACUUAAAACAGCCUUAGCAUACAUAUACACUAGUUAUCUUCGAGCAUAUAUACAUUAGUCACCUUGAUACAUAAACCUGAUUUUUUAAUUUUAAUUAUACACUAUACAUAGAUAACCGAGAAGUCAUAUAUAUAUCCUAGACAGAACUCCACUAACGUAGGAAGACCUCGAUCGCUCAAUCAACUCAUUCCAUAUAUGUAAUGCCACUACCCAAUCUGUAGCCAUUUUUUUAGUGUAUAAUUACGCAACAAUGCGUGAAAUUACUUUACGAGUGUGUGUAAUUAGCUAAACACACUGUAUGUGUUAGGUCUUGGUUUCUGAUGUUCAUAGUCGUCUCACGGCGGGCCAUCGCCUACGAUUUUACUGUGUUCUAUAAAAUCUAGUCAAAAAUGUUGUUAUGUCUCAAUAUUUUCAACAUUCGUGUUUAAAUACGAAUUCUUGAGUUAUCCUUAAAGGGUAUAAAUGCUCAAGGAAGAAUAUCUGGGGGUUUGAAACUGCUUUGGUCGACGUAUUAAAGAAAAAAUUGUGUUUUGGUCGACAUAAUAUUGUCGCCAUCUGAUGGCGGAUUCAGCAGAAUUAAACAUUA